AUGAGAGAAGCCACCGGUAAUGAUGUGAGUGCUACACGACUUCCAAACUUUGAGGAAAUGAAGAUUCGGAGGGUGGCAAUAGCAUAUUACGAACAAGACGAAAUUAUUCCACAUUUGGAGCCGGGAUGCCUACCAUCCAUAAUUGAUCCGGAUGCAACACAAGAAGUUGACAAAGCCAAAACUUUACCACAACAUCUAGUUCGAAUCAAUGCACGGAAACUUGCAAAAUUGGAUUCUAGUGAGGCUAUUGAAGCGGAUGCAAAGGCUAGAGCAUCAUUAUCCGUAUUGCGUCCCUUAGGUUCUCGAUACCACCUUUAUGAUGCCGAUCAUUUAUCCAAUAGCAAUGCUAGUAGAGACAUGAUAAACUAUUCAUCCACACCCAUCACCACCAUAUUUAGCACGGAAUCACUUCCAAGCAUACGCGAAGCCAUCUUUGAGGUCCAAAAGGAAGAAA